CCGAGUAUUUGUAGUUCCGGUCCACCGGGUGUAAGCCCCAUCUUUUUUUCAUAGGCACUCUAAUUUAACAUUAACCAAUCACGGUUAAUUACAGUUACUGUUAUUUUGGACAGUCCGGUUGGAGAUACUGUGUCCCAGGCCUUUAGUGCAUGUACAUCAACGUGAAUCUGCUGUUUGUUUUUACGGUCAGAGAUGGAGAACAAUCAAGAGUCCAAAGAAAGCACGGACCGGUCCGACCUGGUUUCUGAGGACGGCAAGAACAUCAAGACUGUGGUGUGUCAGCGGUGCGGAUCCAAGGUGCUGUGCCCCGGGAUGGCUGUGUUUGCAGAGAAGGAGCUGUUCCUCCCAUCCAUGCGGAAAAAGAGCGGCCUCAGCACCACAGAGGGCUCAGCGGACGGGGACACUCUGACCGCCCACUGGUUUGUGGACGACAUGUACACUUUUGAGAAUGUGGGUUUCACUAAGGACGUGGGGAGAAUCAAGUAUCUCAUCUGUGCAGAUUGUGAGAUUGGACCAAUCGGCUGGCACUCUUUGGAUGACAAGAAAAGUUUCUACGUUGCAUUGGAAAGGGUUAAUAAUGUAUAGUCUGAACUACAUGAACUUUAAAAAUGUGCUGGCAAGCUAUGCAUCUUUCAUGGAUUUAAUCCAUUACACACACACUUAUAUACAUGUGUACAUUGUUUAUGAUUACUGACGGUGACACUAUCUUUCUUCUCAAUCACACUGACAGUGUGAUUAUCUUGUUCUAAUAAAGAUGUUUUGGGGAAGCUGUUAUUGAAUCCCA